GUCUAACUAUCAUGUUAGUCUCCAGUCUCCACAGAAUUCAUCAACUUCGAUAGAAAAACUAUCGAUAAUCUCGAAAACCAAACACAAAGUAUGACGGCCCGACCAAGCCAUUUCCUAGUGAAGGUCCGACCUUCGAUUUGACUAACCUACCAACCUUUGAACCGAGUAAUCUAACAUCUCGUCUCGUCUCGUCUCCGAGACUGCCAGUCAAAAACUAUCAACCUUAUUUUCACAGUAACCAAACAACCAGACAAGGACAACAACAACAAACUACAAGUAAAGCAAAAGCAAAAGAAAGCAGCACUUGAAUCUUCUCUUCUCUUCUGUCUCUGCCGACUGCCCCUCAUUUCUACCCGUUCCCUUCUCUACUCUGUUUCCUCGUCUCUCUGUUUUUUUUCCCCCAAUCCCACCUACCGAAGGAAAAAUCAAAAAAAGGAGGAAGCUUUUUCUCACUGCUGAGCUGCCGGCCGCCGGCGCCGGAGAUGGGUAUUCUCCACGACGACGUCGUAAUCAUCAGCCAGCCGGAGAAACCAGACGACCCCACCGUCAUCACGGUCAACUGCCCGGACAAGACCGGGCUGGGCUGCGACCUCUGCCGCAUCAUUCUCUUCUUCGGCCUUAACAUUGUCCGAGGAGAUGUGUCGACGGAUGGGAAGUGGUGCUACAUAGUGUUUUGGGUGGUGGGAGAGAAAUCGGCGGUUAGAUGGUCGUUAUUGAAGAAGAGAUUAAUCGGAGCUUGCCCUUGUUGUUCUUCUGCUUCCGGGAUUUCAUAUUACCGCGCUGAACUACAGCGCCCGCCCAAGCCGCCGGACGUGUUUCUCCUCAAGCUCUGCUGCUUUGACCGUGCAGGGCUUCUACACGAUGUGACAGGGGUUCUCUGUGAGCUUGAGCUCACCAUAAAGAAGGUGAAGGUCUCAACAACACCUGAUGGCAAAGUGAUGGACUUGUUCUUCAUUACCGACACCAGGGAGCUUCUACACACUAGCAAGAGAAGGGAGGAUACAUCUGAUUGUCUCAAAGCUGCAAUUGGGGAAGCUAUGAUAAGCUGCGACAUCGAAAUUGUCGGUCCAGAAAUCACUGCAUGUUCUCAGGAGUGUUCAUUCCUUCCAAACUCCAUAACAGAUGGUCUCCUAAUAGCAGAUGAUGAUGAUGAAGUUCCUAGUUCACUGACUUCAACUCCGGUUUCUGUCACCAUGGACAACUCGCUGAGUCCGGGUCACACACUGGUACAAAUCAUGUGCAAAGAUCACAAGGGCCUUCUCUAUGACAUCAUGAGAACUCUCAAAGAUUACAGCAUCCAGAUUUCAUAUGGGAGGUUCACCACGAAGCAAGGAAGGAACAACUGCGAGAUAGACCUAUUCAUCGUGCAUUCCGAUGGCAAGAAGAUGGUCGAUCCAAGCAAGCAGAAGGCAUUGGCCUCUCGUCUGGAGUCCGAGCUACGUCGCCCUCUCAGAGUAGCUCUUGUCAGUCGAGGUCCUGAUGCUGAGCUAAUAGUUGCAAACCCAGUUGAGCUAUCUGGUAAAGGCCGGCCUCUCGUGUUCUACGACAUCACCAAGGCUCUCAAGCAGCUCAGCACAUGCAUCUUUUCGGCCGAGAUCAGGAGGCGAAUGAUUGGAGACCGCGAGUUCGAGGUGUACAGAGUGCUACUGGACGAAGGGGAAGGAUUGCUGGUUCCGAGAAGCAGAAUCGAGGAAGGAGUUUGGAAGAUGCUGAUGGGUUGGGAGUGAGUGAGAACUGAAGCUUGACUGUUCAAAUGAUUCAUACUCUUAACAUGGCCGCCGCCUGCUGGCUGCCACGUGUCUUUGAUGGGUUGGUGGGUUGUGGCAAAAUGUAGAUAUGAUGUGUAAAGUAACUAGGAGUAUAUAUAUGUGCAGCAGGAAGUUGUGUAAUGUUGGAGCCUUUUGCAUUCACAGAAGCAAUAUCCAAUUGUAAUUAAAUCUCCUUUAAUGUAUCUCUCUGUCUCUGCUCAUCAAGUUGCUUAGCUGGAGUUCCUAUGGGGAAGAGCUUAGUUUCAGUGUGAACUUUGACAAUGACAACACUAGAUGGAUAAAAAACAUCCUCUUUUUCAUCGUGAUAUCGAUAAUGUGUUGUACCAACCGAUCAUAUCGACUAAACCAAAAGAAGCAAAACGGAUCAGUAUGAUCUUGUUACAAGUUUUCUUACUGUUUGCAUAAUUUAUUUUGCUAAUUUCAUGAGUAUGAUUUCACAAACAUUUACAAUCGAUAUGAUCUAGACCGGCCCAACCCAUUUACAAGAACCUCUGUGUUUAUCUGUAAAGUAUCUUACUGCAAUUAUACCCAGGAAGAGAGAAUCUCUCUUGACUAUAAUGGAAGCACAUAAAGAGGAAACUUAUUGGCUCAAGAUAUGGAAUGUUCAUGCAUGUAAUUAGAGGAGAAAAUCAUGCAAGAGAUCCAAUUCCUUCUCUUUUUGGCUUUUGCAAGUUACAGAACUUAGAAAAUUUUCAAAACCUUCUCGUUGACUCGUUGCUUAGAUUCGGUUUAGUCAAAUUCCCUUUCCUUAGUAGAAAAAGGCUAAAUUCCAGCAAUAAGCAUUCAGUGCAACU